GAGGUCAGCUCUUCCGUGUUGUGUUGAUGACACAGUGUGACGAUAAGCAGAUCUCCGGUGACAGCACGUUAUCUUCUUCUGUGGUGCUACGCUGAAGAACUCGAUGUCCCAGCAGGCAGCUAACAUGAAGAACAGAGUCAGUAGCGGCACAUUAGUGAAGAGACGCAGCUGGUCGUGGCAGGUUUACCUCAAGGAGCAGAACGCUGUGGCUGCUGUGCCCUCACUCUUCACACAGUCCCAGGGUUUCCCCAGGAGGAGACAUGGUUUUAAAGUUGGGAUGAAACUGGAGGGCAUCGAUCCACUUCAUCCAUCCAUGUUCUGUGUGCUGACUGUUACUGAGGUGAUUGGAUGCCGCCUGCGUCUUCAUAUUGAUGGCUAUUCAGAGUGCUAUGACUUCUGGGUAAAUGCUGAUUCACCAGAUAUUCGACCACCUGGCUGGUGUAAAGAAAACAACCAUAAACUCCACCCACCUAAAGGUAAAUAUUGUCAGCCACAGCCUUUGAUCUGGGACAUUAAUUCUACGU